AUGGCUCUUGAGGAGCGACUGAGGAUUUCUGAAAAUGCCUUGAAAUACUGGCUUUCAACAGAUGAAGAAAGAGGAUUUCGUACCCAAAUGAUUCUUGCAUUCUUGGACACGACAAAUUUUACGAAUGAAGAUGAUCUUGAUUCUGUGUCUGAACUUCUUGAUUGGUUUGAGUUUUGGGAAAAGAUCUUAUCUAUAGAGGAACUGGAUACCACUGUUAAAAAACAUAAGAGUUAUGAAUAUGUUAAAAGAACUGAAAAUUUAUAUGAUAUUCGAAGAAAAGAUCCUGAGCCAAUGCUGUCAAUGAAAACAACAAUAGUGAAAACGUUUUUGAAAAUGGCAACAAAAAUUUCAAAGCGAUCACUUAGCAAGACGACAACUACUGAUACCAAAACAGGAAGAUUAUGUAAGCAAUAUGGCGAACCAAUGAAAUGGGAGGACAUUAACCCUAUCAUUGUUAUCUUUAACGCAAGAGAACCCCAAACAAUAUCAGUCUUGUGCAAAAGUACAGCAGACCUAGAGGAAAAUGAAAAAAAAUUUCUUGAGGAACAGUUGUUCUUGAGUGGUGGAGAUUUACAAGAUCUUGAUUCUUUAAGCCAGACGCAGAUGUUUAAUCUUCUAACUAAUGUUGUGUCUGAAAGUACUAUCGAUUGUAACCAGAUGCAUAUAAAUGAAGACUAUGUCAUUACGACAGAUAAUCUCCUGAAAAUGGUUAUCAUUAAUGUAAAAGUAGAAUCAUUUGUACCAAUUAUAUUAAUGGGGGAUACUGGCUGCGGGAAAACAACCCUUCUUCAAAAUCUUGCGAAGAUUAAAGGUGUCGUUUUUCAUUCUGUGAAUAUUCAUGCAGGGCUUGAUGAAAUAUUCAUUGAAAAAAAAAUAAAAGAAAUAAAUGAUGUGGCUUUUCAAAAUCCUGGUAAGGAGUUCUGGCUUUUUCUAGAUGAAGUAAACACCAAUCGGAACAUAGGAAUCUUUAGCGAUAUUAUAGUUCAUGGACAUUUCAAUGGUAUCUUUCUCGCCCCAAAUGUGACAGUUGUAGCGGCAUGUAACCCAUAUAAGGUACAAGACCAGGAAGCCACAUGUGGACUUCAAAGUGAAGAGGUAUCACCUAUUUACAAUGUGUAUCCUCUACCUGAAGCUAUGUUGGAUUUUGUUUGGGAUUUUGGGAAUAUAACACUUGAAGAUGAAGAGAAAUAUAUCAAAUUAAUGAUCAAUGAUGUCUUUUCAAAGAUGAGGUGUAGCAAAUAUCCACUAAAAACCAUUGCUGCAAAAAGUUUGUCAGAAUCCCAACAAUUCGUCCGAAAAUGCAUUUCAUCGUUUAAUGUUAGCUUACGUGAAAUAGAGAGGAGUAAGCGACUUUUUUCAUGGUUUAAGGACGAAUAUUUACCCAAAAUGGAAGACAAGAAAGAAAUUAACGAUGAUCAGUGUUUGAUGUACUGGUUCAUGACUUUAGAUUUGACUUAUUCUUCUCGCUUUUCAUCACACAGUGAACGAACAGCUUAUUGGAAAACCAUCACUAGUUGUGUACGUAAAGAUGAGUUGAAAAGCCUAGACUUGGAUAACAUUGAAAACGAUAUUUUCCAGGAAAAAGAAUUGGUUCUAAGUAACAUGGAAAUGUCAAGUGCAAUAGCUGUUAAUAGAACAUUAACGGAAAAUAUAUUUGCUCUCUUCGUUUGCGUCUUAUCUCGAAUACCUGUAUGUCUGAUUGGGAAACCUGGUUGCAGCAAAUCAUUGUCAAUUCAGCUUUUAAGGAACAACAUGCGAGGGAAUGAAUCAGCAUCUGCAUUUUUCAAAAAGUUUCCUCAACUUUACUUUGUUUCAUAUCAGGGUUCUGAAUCCUCAACUCCUGAAGGAAUUGAAAAAGUAUUUGAUACCGCAAAACAUUACCAAAACGUUAACAGUAACAGAAAUGUACAAGUUGUAAUUCUUUUUGAUGAAUUAGGACUGGCUGCGAAAUCUCGAUUUCAACCCUUAAACGCUUUGCAUAGCAUUCUUGAAGAAGGUGUAGAUACUACAGAUAAGUUAACCGUAUCUGUAAUAGGAUUAUCUAAUUGGGCUAUGGAUCCUGCAAAAAUGAACCGUGUCCUUCAUGUCUCUUGUCUUGAUCUGACCACAGAGGAAAUGUUACAAACAGCGAUUGCUAUCUAUCAAAACGUGCUCGAAAAAAGUGAACUUAACGAAAAUGAGAAACAAAUCCUGAAAAAAAUUGCUACUAAAUAUGUUGAGUAUAUAGAACAACCAGAUCUGGAAGAUUUUCACUGCAGAAGAGACUUUUACAGUUUAAUCAAAUAUAUAAGCACAAGGAAAAGAGGACAACCAGAUUCCGAUAUAUGGACUCUAAUUUCCGACGGUAUAAAACGUAACUUUGGUGGAUUACAGUGUAAGUCCAGUUUACAGACAGCAGAAGAAUUAAUCAUCCCAAGAAAAGAAAUGGUGGGGAAAAAAAAUGUGAUAGAUUUAAUUGAAGAAAAUCUCUUGGACAAACAUAGCAGACAUCUAAUGUUGAUAUCAAGAAGCGAUGCAGUAAUAGAGAAACUCAUUCUAAUGUUGAAAAAAAAGAAGAGAAAAUACACGUGUAUUUUUGGAAGUCAAUUUGAGGAUGACCAGUAUGAUGAUUACAGUUACAGAAUACUAAGUAAAAUUAUUCUUUGCAUGGAGCAAGGACACGUCCUUGUUCUGAAAGACUUAGAGAUGGUGUAUGGAAGUUUAUUUGACAUGCUAAAUCAAAAUUAUUCAUCAAUAGGUGAAAGAAAACAUUGUAGAAUUGCACUUGGUCCGUAUAGUAACCCACUUUGCUAUGUCCAUGAAGCCUUUAAAUGUGUUGUGGUGGUAAACAAAGAAAUAAUUAUUCGACAAAAUGCUCCGUUGCUUAGCAGAUUUGAAAAACAGGCCUUUUCAUUUCAGGACAGCCAUUGCCCUAAACAUGAUGAAUUGGUGCGCGAAUUAAAUCAAAUGCUUACUGAAAUGACAAUGAUACAUCUUUCCGAUGAAAGUGUUCUCCAUCUACCAUUAAAAAAACUUAUUCCUAUUCACAACAAUGAUAUGUUUAAAAUGUGGCUAAAGGAAAGUGACAUCAAAGGGGUUGUAAAUAUCCUCAGUGCAUUUGAAGAAUAUGAAGGCGAGGACGGAGUUUUAUGGAAAGCCCGAUACAACUAUGGUAUCCGCAGUAUAUGA